GAUUUGAAAUCCUGCGGUUCGCUCGCGGAGGGGGAGAUACCAUGGAGACGGGCGGUGUGAAAGACGGAUGAUUGUGGCGAUUUGUUUAUAUACAUUUUUUUGCACAUAAUGUAAUUAUUUUUGAUAAAAUAUAAACUAUCUCUGUGCCACUUUACGGUCGUGAAUGUAUAAAAAUUGUUUUAUUGAAAUAAUCUGAUUUUAUAAACUAGAGAUUAACAGUACUACAGGAGUUAGCUAGCUGUCUAGCCGCUCGUUGACUAAAGCUGGAUAAAACUCACAAGGGCUGUAGGCUAUAUAAAAAAAAAUAUAUAUUAUAAACUAUCAGGGAAAACGUGAGCUUUGAAAAUGAGCGCAGGGAUAAAGGCGCCGGCGCACGUCGACCCCAGGUCUGCCCCUCUGAAAGAGGUCCCCGAGGUGCUAGUGGACCCACGGAAGAGGAAGCGCUACCGGCGGGGAAGGUUCCUGGGCAAGGGCGGCUUCGCCAAGUGCUACGAGAUCACGGACAUGGACACGGGCGAGGUGUUCGCCGGGAAGGUGGUUCCCAAAGCUUUACUGCUGAAGCCCAGCCAGAAGGAGAAGAUGUCUAUGGAAAUCGCCAUCCACAAGAGCCUCGACGACCCGCACGUUGUUGGCUUUCACGGUUUCUUCGAGGAUGAGGAUUUCGUCUUCGUGGUUUUGGAGAUGUGCCGGCGAAGGUCUCUCCUGGAGCUGCACAAGAGAAGAAAGUCGGUUACAGAGCCAGAAGCUCGAUACUACAUGCGGCAGACAAUCCAGGGCUGCCAGUAUCUUCACAACAACAGGGUCAUUCAUCGUGACCUCAAGCUGGGCAACCUGUUUCUCAAUGAUGACAUGGAGGUCAAGAUAGGUGAUUUUGGGCUAGCUACGAAGAUCGAGUAUGAUGGUGAGAGGAAGAAGACUCUGUGUGGAACACCCAACUACAUCGCCCCAGAGGUUUUGUGCAAGAAGGGCCACAGCUUCGAGGUGGACAUAUGGUCACUAGGCUGCAUCCUGUACACAUUGCUGGUAGGGAAGCCUCCAUUUGAGACGUCCUGUUUGAAGGAGACGUAUAUCCGUAUCAAGAAGAACGACUACACUAUUCCCAGGCACAUCAACCUUCUAGCGAUGGCUCUCAUUCGCCGGAUGCUCCACCCCGACCCCUCAAAGCGGCCCACCAUUAGCGACCUGCUUGCGGACGACUUCUUCACGUCCGGCUACACGCCCCUGCACCUGCCCACCAGCUGCCUCACUGUGCCACCCCGUUUCUCCAUCGUCCCCAGCACGCUGGAACCGAGCUUCCGCCAACCCCUCACCGCGCUCAACAAAGGAACGGAGAGUCCCUUAGAGAAGAUGGGGAAACUGGAGCCCAAGGAGGAUCUGCAGCCAAGGGACGUCGCCGAGAUGAUCGCCGGUUACCUGUCCGACCUGCUCCAACAGCUCAGCAGCGUUGACAUCUCUAAGCCGUCGGACCGGGCGCUGAUCCGACAGGAGGAGGCAGAGGAUCCCGCCUGUAUUCCCAUUUUCUGGAUUAGCAAGUGGGUCGACUACUCUGAUAAGUACGGUCUUGGAUACCAGCUGUGUGACAACAGCGUGGGCGUGCUCUUCAACGACUCUACGCGGCUCAUCAUGUACAGUGACGGGGACAGCCUGCAGUACAUAGAAAGGAACAGCUGCGAGUCCUAUAUGAACGUCCGCUCCUACCCUUCGGCCCUGGCUAAGAAGAUAACCUUGUUGAAAUAUUUCCGGAACUACAUGAGCGAGCAUCUGCUGAAGGCGGGCGCAAACAUCACACGGCGGGACGGCGACGAGCUGGCCCGUCUGCCCUACUUGUGCCACUGGUUCCGCACCAAGAGCGCCAUCGUGCUGCACCUGAGCAACGGCACCGUGCAGAUCAACUUUUUCCAGGACCACACCAAGCUGAUCCUGUGCCCCUUGAUGGCAGCCGUGACGUACAUCGACGAGCGCCGUGAGUUCCGCACCUACAGGAUGAGCCUGAUCGAGGAACAGGGCUGCUGCCGGGAUCUGGCCUGCCGCUUACGCUACGCCCGCACCAUGGUGGAGAAGCUGCUGGCCUGCAGGUCGUCCUGACCACGCCCCCCCCCCCCCCCCCCCAAACCCACCCCAUUCAGCCAAAAGGUCACUACACUCACCUUACGAGGGUUCCUUUCUAUGUAUGUACUAGGUAUGUGAGUUCACUGUUCUGAAAACACUUAAUGUCCCUUCGGUUUCUCAUGCAACUGUUCAGUUUUAAACUUGAUUUCGUUGAUCAGGCCUGCAGGGUAAUGAAUCCAAUCACGUAUAGGGAGCUCUGUGUGUGUUUUAUAGAAGAAAAUUUAUAUAAAAAUUUCUUUCCUCUCCAGACAGUCUUACCGUUUUAAAUGUUUGUAUGUUUCCUGUUUUUAAGUGUUUUAUCAAAUGCUGGAAUAAAGCUUGACUUUUUAUUAA